UAACAUUCUGGGUUGGUAAGAAGUUAUACUAUAAAUUCAUUAGAUGAUGUUUCCUCCCUACAUUAACUGAAGACUAACGAGAAGAUGUAUUCUCUUUUGUUUUUGUGUGCCGCGCUCACUUGCGUUUGGGGUGGAGACCCAAUUCUAGGACAAGAUCCACUUCAGAGUCCACAACAGUCUAUAGAUCUCACCUUUGGUGAUAUGAUGUUGACUGCUAAACAAAAGGAAGCUUUAAAGUCUGGUAAAGACAUGGGUGGAAGUUCAAAUGCUUUUGCUGCAGUAACGGGAAAUAAUCUUCGAUGGACCAAUGCUGUCAUUCCCUAUGAGAUUGAUUGCUCUAUCGAGAAUCUUGCGGACGCCGUGGAUUCAGUUAACAAAGCAAUGGCAGAAUGGGAAGCGAAAACAUGCAUACGAUUUGUGAAAAGAACGAACGAAAAAUAUUUUCUCAAAUUUUUUAGAGAUACCCAUUGCUGGGGAAAUGUUGGUAUGUCGUCAUACACAAGAAUAUCUGUCGGUGACGGUUGUGAGUAUCAACAUGUCAUGACUCAUGAGAUCGGUCACGUGGUUGGUUUUUAUCAUGAACAAAAUCGAAAGGACAGAGACCAGUUUAUUAAAGUUCACUGGGAAAACAUAGGUCGUUUCAAAGAUGCAUUCGAUAUUGUGAAAAACACAGACUCGCUUGGAGUCCCUUAUGAUUACGAAUCCAUCAUGCACUAUCCCUGGAAUGCUUUCUCAUCGAAUGGUAAAGACACUAUAAGUCCGCUUAAACCUUUAAACGGAAAGACUCCAUAUAUUGCUCUUAGCAAGGCGGACGCUCAGCAAACAUCUCUCAUGUACAACUGUCCAGCUAUCGAGCGAAAACGCAAACAAUCAAGAAUGAGGCGCCAUAUCGGUGAUCUUAAAAACAAACGUGAUAUUAACGAUUGUGUUGACAAAAACAAAUACUGCGCAGAUUGGGCUAAGCACGGACAAUGCUCAACAAGUACAUAUGUUCAAGAGAACUGCAAACUAAGUUGUGCAUCUCCAUCAUGCAAAGGAAGCAAUUGUAUUGACAGGAAACAGUUCUGUCCAGACUGGAAGAGAAGUGGUCACUGUAGCACCAAUCCGACUGUUGCCAGAUUGUGUCAAAAAAGCUGCAACCCAACUUGUGCAGGAACUACACCAACCCAACCUCCUACCCAAGCCCCACCAACACAAGGACCUGUACCAACAAGCAGACCGAAAGGAAAAUUUUUAGGAACAGGAAAGUUGUGUGUUGACAAUAAUGCACAAUGUUCAACUUGGGCUACACAAGGCGAGUGUCAAUCUAAUCCUGGUUGGAUGAACAAAAAUUGUAUGAAAUCCUGCAAGGUGCAAGACUGUGACAAUGGAAUUCAACGACCACCAGGCCGAUGUACAAAUCCUCUUGGUUUGGCAUGGGAUGGAACCAAUAAUUUCAAAAUUCCUGACUCAGCAUUUUACUCACCAUCGCACCUUAUUCCAGGUACAUGGCAAGCACAUGCGAAAAACGCUCGUCUAUAUUACAAAGACGAUCACACAAACAAAAGAAUCGGAGCCUGGUGUGCAGAGUCUCAUGAUUCCGCUAAAUCAGCAAAUGGCUAUGUGCAGGUUGAUUUGGGUCAAAGGAAAACUAUAACAUAUAUAGCAACUCAGGGACGAGACAAGUAUUUCGAGAGAGUUUCAAAGUUUAAAAUUCAAUACAGCGACAAUGGAUCAAACUUCCAAACAUACCAGCAUAACGGCGCCGAUAAGGUAUUCGAUGGUAAUUGCGAUCACGUGACUCCAGUUCUAAACAAGUUCACCAAUCCUAUACAAGCAAGAUAUGUUCGUUAUAUCCCAAUCGAAUGGAACUUUCCGUGCGUGAGAAUGGAAUUGUACGGUUGUUAAUGUGACGAAAAAAUAAACUAUAAUGAAUAAAAA